AUGGCCCCGCUCCCCCAGCCCGACCUCCCCGAGCCCGCGCACCCGCACAUUGACUCGAUGCUGAGCCGCAAGUUCGGCAAGGAAGUGGCCAACUACUUCUCCGGCUCGCCGUUGAACCGCGUAUCCUUCCUGCGCCCGGACCACGCGUUCCUGUGCUCGGCCCUGCGCCACCCCAGCGCGACAUUCAUCCUCUUCAAUGCCACGGAGCCGCUGGUGCAGUCGCCCACGGCGCUGGCGCGCGUCUCGUUCGCCGACGUCGAGCCCAUCAUCGGCCCGGAUGCGUUCCGCUCGACCGAGGAGGACGUGAUUGCGCAGUACAACUCGAGUCUGUAUGUGCCGCAGAUGGUGUUCUUGGGGCUCGAUGAGCGCACGCAGGGGUUUGUGUACAAGGAGCAUUACAAGGGGCAGCCGUGGUUCGCCGUUGAUGUCACGCCCAAGGAGAGUGUGAGGGAGCAGGCGCAGACGCUCAUCGAUAGGCUGAAGGGACAGGGGCUGGAGUUCUCCAAGGGGCGGAUGCAUCUCUCGCUGCCUGCUGAAGAAGCCGCCAUCUACGCCGAGGCCCGCCACCUGCUUGACUGGAACGCCCGGAACCCCUUCUGCGCCUCGUGCGGCUACAAAACCCUCUCGGUCAAUGCCGGCUUCAAACGCACAUGCCCACCCAAGGACGUCGCGCACGCCGUCCAAGCCGCGACCCCCGGCGAGCGCCCGCCCUGCGCGACACGCACCGGCAUCUCGAACCUGUGCUUCCCGCGCACCGACCCGACCGUCAUCAUGGCCGUCGUCAGCGCCGACGGCAAGCGCAUCCUGCUCGGCCGCCAGAAGCGCUGGCCCGCGUACUGGUACAGCACGCUCGCGGGCUUCCUGGAGCCCGCCGAGAGCGUCGAGGAGGCUGUGCGCCGCGAGGUCUGGGAGGAGUCGGGCGUGCACCUGGGUCGUGUUGUCAUUCACUCGACCCAGCCGUGGCCGUACCCCGCGAACCUGAUGAUUGGCGCCAUUGGCCAGGCCAUUCCCGACGGCGAGAAGGUGCAUCUCGGCCACGAUGCGGAGCUCGAGGACGCCAAGUGGUUUGGUGCUGAGGAGGUCCGGGAGGCGCUGCGGGUCGGCACUAGUGGUCUGGGCGACGGGCCGGGGCCGGAGUACAAGGAGGGCGGGCUGCGUUUGCCGCCCCAGACGGCCAUUGCGCAUCAGCUGAUCAGCGCCUUGGUGGGUGGGUUCGCGAGCGGCUCGCCGAUGAUGUAG